UGAGUUAGAAGACUUAUCUAAUCAACCUAAUAUAAAAAAAUUAUCUGAUACUGAUGAUUCAAGUUCUGUUAGUGAAGAUGAAAAUAUACUAUCAGCAGCUUUAGUUACAUUAAUUUUAAAUUCUAGGAUAAAAAGUUUACGAUUCGCUACAAAUACUCAACAAACAAAUACAAGAAUUAAACUUCAAGAUGAUGAUUUUUUUGCUAAAGUUUUUAACUUAGAAGAAUCAAAUAAUAAUACAAUAGAAUUUGAAGAAAACAAA